AUGACCAAUUGCACGGGGUGCACCUAUAUAGGUCCAACGACCACGACGGCCACGAGAGUGGUCACAGCGACCGCGGGGGCGACGGCGGCAACAACAGGACCAUCGGCCACAACAGGAGUCACAGGGGCGACCACGAAGACCUCGAGGACCACGCCCCCCGCCACGCAUGCGUCUGCGUCGCUGAACCUGUCUUCGAACAGCGGGAAUUCGGCCAUGACCAGCUCGCCGCCCAGCAGCUCGGACGAAGGGACAGGCAGUUACGCGAGCGACCCCGGCACCCCGACGCCACAGCAGCGGAAAGAAAUGAUGCGCCAAAAGAAAAGUUCCGCUGUAAAGGUUCUCAUCACCUUAUUCCCGAGGAUUCCCAAAGUAACCACAGUCUUGCUGGAGUUCUUCAUCAAGCGCGAAAACAAGGUGUCCCUCCUACGGGAUCCCCUGUCGCACUUCUGCCAGGAACAGUCCGUGCUGGCAGCCCAAGACUGUCUGCAGAAACUGCACCGGCAGUUUAUCACUUAUCAGGACAUCCGGGACAUGAUCGAAAACUUACUGGGCUUGCACAAUCUGUGCAUCAAGCGAGCUUCGGGCACGGCCCACAACCUCGGACUGGUCAUCCGAAAGUUAACCAUAAUCGUCGGAGAACUGGCCACGUCCUUGGAGAAGAUCUCCGAGGUACCUGUGACUGACUGGAUGGCCGUCGGCGAUUCUGUAAUCACCCGCACAGACAAGAUGUUCAUUGGCGAUCAGCAACCUUUCACAGAUUUCAUACCCAGGAUAACGGAACUUGAGCCUAUAAAACUUCUGGGUGCUGGAGGCUUUGGGGCUGUCUACAAGGCGCGCUACAAACCGGCCAAUCUGGUGUGCACCGUGAAAGUGAUAGCUGCGGAUCGCUUCAGCCGUCCUAAACAGGCUGCCAUCGACAAAGUGGUGGCGUCCGUCGUACGAUCGCCUUUUCUCGUCAAGUACUACGCGUGCUUUGCAACCAAGGAUGCGUACGUCACCGUGAUGGAAUACAUUUGCGGCGUCGAUCUGAUGCGAGUGGUGGAGAGGGCCACGUUCCUCCCCAUCGACCAAGUCCGUGUGGUCAUGGCCCAGCUCAUCUUGGCUGUCGAGCACCUCCACCUCAAGGGAUUCCUCCACAGAGACAUCAAGGUGUCCAACAUGCUUAUGCUUCCAGGAGGACGCGUGAAGUUAAUUGACUUCGAUACAAACAAAGUCUGCCUCGGUCACUUCACAAAACGCGUGAUGAAGGGAUAUUUCCGGAGGACACCUUUCGAGUUCCGAGACGGGGAAUCAGCUGGGACCAUCCCGUACAUGGCUCCCGAGAUACUCAAAAGAAGACCUUAUGGCCGUGCGUGUGACUGGUGGUCCACGGGCGUCGUCUUCUACAAGCUGAUGACUGGUCGGGUGCCCUUCCGCGGCAAGACCAAGAAGAUGCUCCGCGACCGCAUCAUCGCGUCGCCCCUCAAGUGGCCCAAGGUGGGCGAGCACCCUCACUCGGCCAGCUCGCAGGCCAAGGACAUGGUCUACCUGCUCCUCAAGAAGAACCCCGUCGAGCGCCUGGGCUCCAAGCAGUACCGGGACCUCAGGACGCACCCGUUUUUCGACGACUUCGACUGGACUCGGCUCCACAGCACCGGCAACCUGUGCAACAUCCCGGCUAUCUACGAACUGAUGCAGGCGUCGCCACCGCCAGACCCGACAACUAACGCCGCAAUCGGAGAAAACAGUCCCUUCAACCUAUGUACGCUGGUCGCCGAUAUUGCGUUUGUGUUUAAGGGUUAG